AUGCCUGCCGUCGGAGACACGCUGACCUCCCUCGCACCUGUCCGGGGCUGGUGGUCAAGUCCUUAUUUGAUUCACUUGAAUUUCUGCAUCAUCUCCUUGACAUUCUUGUCGUCCGCCAAUGGCUUUGAUAGCUCGCUGCUCAAUGGCCUUCAGUCUCUCCCAAUAUGGUUGUCUUUUAUGGAACAACCGGGAGGCAAAUGGCUUGGCUUCAUAAACACACUAUAUUGGAUUGGUGCUGCUGUUACUGCUACCGCUGCUGGCUGGUGUUCGAACCGAUAUGGCCGCAAGAAAGUGAUUUGGCUGGGAUAUCUCUGCCUGGUUAUCGGUACAGUUCUCCAGACAGCAGCUCCUUCGAGGGCUCUGUUCAUGGUCGGAAGACUUCUUGCCGGAGCUAGCAUGGGCUUUAUGAACAAUGCAGGACCAGCACUGAUCGCUGAAGUGGCUUAUCCUACACACCAAGGUGUGGCCACUGCCUUGUUUAUGACCAGCUACUAUAUCGGAAGCAUAGUUGCCGCGUGGGUGACAUUCGGAACCCGCACUCUAAACUCGGACUGGGCCUGGAGGAUACCUUCAUUAUGUCAGCUACUGAUGCCCUUGUUGGCGCUUCCUGGAUCCUGGUUCAUUUCAGAAAGCCCUCGAUGGAUGGUGUCGGUCGGGCAAGUGGAAACAGCUCGGCAGACUUUGGUCAAGAUCCGCACCGAUAAUGACCCCAACGCACCGUGGGUAGAGCAAGAGCUCCAUUUGAUUCAGUCAAGUAUCCAGGCCGAAAUUGAAGCUGAGCGGUCUUCAGGGUACGCCGAGAUGGUCCGCAGCCCUGGAAAUCGACACCGUCUCCUCAUCUCCGUCACUCUUGGUUUCUUUGAUCAGUGGGUGGGCAAUGGAUUACUCUCCUAUUAUCUCGCCAUUGUGCUGAAGUCGGUUGGUGUCACGUCAACCAAAGAUCAGCUUCUCAUUUCAGCAUGUCUUCAGAUUUGGAACCUCCUUUUCGCAGUUGGCGGUGCACUCUCCGUGGAACGAAUGGGUCGUCGCUCGCUCUUCUUACUGUCGGCUUUUAUUAUGCUGAUUUCCUAUGGAAUCAUGACGGGGCUCUAUGGCUCCUUCGUGAUCAACGGGGACUACCCCACCGGGAUCGCGUUUGUGCCGUUUGUCUUCAUUUAUUUUGCAGGAUACGAUAUCGCUUUGACACCUCUGUUGACUUCUUACCCUUGCGAGAUAUGGCCAUUCCGACUGCGCUCUCGUGGCUUGACGGUUACGUGGAUGUCUUGCAUCAUUGCUGUGAUUUUCAAUACAUUCGUCAACCCAAUUGCCCUGGAGGCAAUUGGAUGGAAAUAUUAUAUUGUAUAUGUUGUUUUACUGAUUUGCUACGGGAUCAUUGUUUUCUUUUUUUACCCCGAGACUCGCGGUUUAUCAUUGGAGCAAAUGUCGUUGGUCUUCGACAAAGACGCACCUAUAGAUGCUCGGUCUAUUUAUCCUGAGGACGACGUGGUCAAAUCAUCUGCAGAACACAAGCAACAAAUCAUGUGA